AUGGAUGACGUUCCCUCAGUGGCCUAUAUUCCACCAUCAGGAAGAUGGGCUCGUAUUGAAUUAGAACCGGUCAGAGUUCGUCUAGAAGCGGAUGACUCCAUUCUUUUAUCAGCUAUACAAUCAGUCAUACCUGGGGCCCAUGGCCUUUAUUACACAGAAGAAAAUAAAAAAAUAGCUCUUAGAUACGACGGAGCAACUGGUCGCAUUGAAAAGGGGUCACCAGGUCAUACGUGUCGUCAUUAUGCGGGUCAAUUUGAAAGUGCCAUGGAACGAUUCGAAAAAACUGUCAGUACUGUGCAGCCUAUUUUCGAUCAGUCAGGACCAAACUACCCAUUUGGACCGGCUGUCUUAAGUAAAUUGAGAGGUCAAAAAGGUAAACCACCAAAAGAUCAGCAGCCAAAAAUUGAAGAUCAAAAUGGUGCUGCUGGAGAAAAACCUGACCAUGCAUCAGUUAUUAAUUAA